UGGAGAUUUAUCUGGGCAAGGUCACACGAACUAGAUUCGUUGCUAUCGGGCCGAGUUGCUGGUAGAUGGCUCAGUUUGAGAACUAGGUGUUGCAGGGUUGAAUCUGGGCUUGACUAUUCUAAGCCCAGUACGACAGAAUAAAUUAGGAAAAAAAAAGAUGGAUUAAAUUCAGUUGGAUUUCUGAAAAGAGAAAUCCGAUCUGCAAAUUUUAGAAAAAGAGAAGAAAUUUCGAAAGUUUUUUUUUGGUUUAAAAAAAAAAGACAGAAAAAAGUGCGAAAGUAGGAACUCGAAAGGAUCUGGAUUGUCAAUUUGUCGUUGAAUGUUGACAUUGGGUGCUAAUAGUAAUACUAAUAGGCAUUAGCAAAGCCAGCUUUGGUUAGUCGAGUUCAAUGAGGUUGAGAUCAAAUUUGGGGUUUGCUUGCAGAAGCACUUGCAGUUGCAGGCCUUCGUCUCUUGCUCCUAUUAUCAUUUAGGUUUCUUAGUUCUGUUGAGAUGGUCUGUAGUAAUUAUAGCUCUGUCCAUGAAUCUCAUUGUUUAAUCCUUAUUAUACAUUUCCCGAAAUGCAAUUAGCGUCAAAUGGUGACAAGGAAGAGUGUUCAGAAUCCGAACCCAUCUUGAAUCAGCAUCUAAAUUUGCAAGAAUAUGGAGGAGGAGGAGGAGAGUCUUCAUUUUCCUGUGAAAUCAUUGCUGCUGCUAACGAUGAUUCACACCCUGUUCCUCUUGAUGAGAGCUGUCAUCUGGUAAAUGCGGAUCAGCCACAGUGCCGGAUAUGCCUUGAUAUAGGAGGAGAAGAUUUGAUCGCUCCUUGCCAUUGCAAAGGCACCCAAAAGUAUGUCCACAGAUCAUGUCUAGAUAAUUGGCGGUCUACAAAGGAGGGCUUUGCUUUUUCUCACUGUACAGAGUGUAGAGCUGUCUUCAUAUUACGUGCAAACGUCCCACCAGAUCGGUGGUGGUUGAGAUUAAAAUUUCAGUUUCUUGUGGCCAGAGAUCAUGCAUUCAUUUUCAUAAUUGUUCAACUGGUUGUUGCUUUCUUGGGGGUGCUUGUGUAUAAAUUUUAUGGAGAUGAACUAAGGGAAAUGUUUGGUUAUGAAGAACAUCCAUAUGGAUUUUAUACAAUGGCUGUUUUAGCCAUUGUUUUGGUGGGAUUGCUCUAUGGAUUCUUCAUAGCCAUAAUAUGCGGCCAAAGAAUCAAUGAACGCCACUACCAUGUUCUUGCAAAACAAGAAUUGACAAAGGAAUAUGUGGUAGAAGAUCGAGAACAUGUGAAGAAUGUGCCUGAACUUGAUCCCAGCCAUGUGACAGAGCUAAGGAUGUUGGGCCUUUACUAAUUGUGAGUCGCCAUGUAUUUGUAGUAUAUGCAGCUUGUCUCCAUGGUCCCUCUAAGGUUGCAGCAUUAGUAUGUCGUGUCUAUAGUGCAAGUUUUCCAAGUAAUGUCACGUUAAUAUGGCUAUUUUGAGCUCCAUUACAAAGUGAACAACCCCAACGGCGUUGUGUAUCCUCAGUGCCCUGUGUACUCUAUUUUAGUUUCGUAUCUUAAUUAUUGCUUUAACAGGAAACCUAUAAUAGAAAUAUGUUGAUUCAAUGUUGUUUGGUGGAGUAUAAAGGGGAAAAAAGAGUCAAGAGUGGAUUCUUAAAAACCCUACAUGGUGAUAUUUUUUGUUGUAAAUUCUCGAUUUAACCGACUGGGACCUUGGGUUUA